GCCAGACAUCACAUCCGGCGGGGCUGUCUGUAACUGUUUGGGGAGUUUUUCGCUCUUUUCUCUGUGAGUUUAGUUUACAGUAGCGCAGUUUUAGCUGGACCCAGCAGCUCCUGGAUCAUGGACAGUCCGGACUCCGGCUCGGUUCUGGACUUAACUGACCGCCGCACGGCCGCCCCGCUGUGAUACAAACAUGUCCAGAAGCCUGAAGAAGAAGAAGCCCAAGAACCACUGGACCAACCGUGUCCAUGAGGUCGCGCUCAGCCGGGACGGAGAGGGGCAGCUCGGCUUCGCUGUGCGGGGCGGCGCGGAGGUCGGCCACUUCCCGCUGCUGGAGCUGCCCGGCUACCCGCUGGCCCUGGACGAGCUGCUGCUGGAGGUGAACGACACCCCCGUGGCUGGACUCACCGUCCGGGACGUGCUGGCCGUGGUCCGGCACUGUAAAGACCCGGUCCGCCUCAAAUGUGUCCAACAAGGAGGAGUUGUGGAUAAGGAUCUAAGACGCUACCUCAAUCUCCGCUUUCAGAAAGGUUCUUUGGACCACGAGCUCCAGCAGAUCAUCCGCGACAAUCUGUACCUCCGCACUAUUCCCUGUACGACCAGGCAGCCUAAAGAAGGCGAGGUCCCGGGGGUGGACUAUAACUUCGUAUCAGUGGAGCGUUUUAUGGAACUGGAGAGAAGUGGAGCACUGCUAGAGAGCGGAACUUAUGAAGAUAACUAUUACGGCACUCCAAAGCCCCCCGCCGAGCCCAGCGCUCUGCUUCUGAACUUUCCCGGCUCCGCCCCCAACGCAGACGGCAAACGCAGACGCAACAAAUCCGUCAGCAACAUGGAGAAGGCUGGGAUAGACCCUCCAGAGGAAGAGGAGGAGGAGAAGCCUGUUGUCAACGGCAACGGAAUCACCGUCACUCCAGAUUCCAGUGAGCAGGAGGAUAAGAGUACAGAUGCUUCGGGUGAUCUGCUACCCGCCCCCCCAGCUGAGACCCUGCUAGACGGCCCUAAAGAGGAGAACGAGGCACCCACCACAAGUCCGCCAAAAUCCCCCGCUAAAGUGCUGGAGAAUGCUGAAGAGAAGGUGUCUGAGGAGGAGCUGGGGCCGCUGCCGGAUAACUGGGAGAUGGCCUACACAGAGAAGGGGGAGGUCUACUUUAUAGAUCACAACACUAAGACCACCUCCUGGCUGGACCCUCGAUUAGCCAAGAAGGCGAAACCUCCAGAGGAGUGUAACGAACACGAGCUUCCCUAUGGCUGGGAGAAAAUCGAUGACCCUGUUUACGGCAGCUACUAUGUUGAUCACAUAAAUCGGCGGACGCAGUUUGAGAACCCGGUUCUGGAGGCCAAGCGGAGACUCCAGCACCCGCAGAUGCCUCUCCCUCUGCCUGGUGUCUACAGAGAAAAGCCCUUGUUUACACGAGACCCCACCCAGCUAAAGGGGAGUUUCCUGUCCACGGCGCUGCAGAAGAGCACGAUGGGAUUCGGCUUCACCAUCAUAGGUGGAGAUGAGCCGGACGAGUUCCUGCAGGUCAAGAGCGUCAUUCCAGACGGCCCUGCAGCACAGGACGCCAAGAUGGCUACAGGUGACGUCAUCGUCUACAUCAAUGAGAUGUGUGUACUGGGUACUACCCACGCGGACGUGGUGAAGCUCUUUCAGUCUGUCCCCAUCGGCCAGAGCGUGACGCUGGUGCUCUGCCGCGGCUACCUGCUCCCGUACGACCCCGAGGACGCAGCGGCCAGCAUCAUCUCUCCACUGGGGCUCAUGGAUCGCCCCCUGCUGGUGAACGGCCGCAGCAGCUACGACAAUUACAUGGAGUACAUCUCCAGGACGGCCCGUUUCAUGGACCCAAUGCAGCCGGGACUGGGCCCGCCGCACCAGGGAGACACGCACCUGGACGCCGGGCCGCACGAGGACAGCGUGUCCAUGGCAUCGUCGGGGGCGACGGGAGGAGAGCUGAUCGCGGUGACGAUGGUGAAAGGGGCGGAGGGGUUCGGGUUCACCAUCGCGGACAGCACAGGGGGUCAGCGGGUGAAGCAGAUUCUGGAGGCGCAGGGCUGUCCGGGGCUGUGCGAGGGCGACCUCAUAGUGGAGGUGAACCAGCAGCCGGCCCUCACGCUGUCCCACACACAGGUGGUGGAGCUGCUGAAGGAGUGCCCGGUGGGAUCUGAGGCCAAGAUGGUGGUGCAAAGAGGUGUGGCAGGUCACUUUUCACCUUGGAAGAGUCCCACGCAGGUUUUGGACCACUGGGACCCCCAGAGCAGUCUUACUGCCCCUGCCCUCCCCCUCAGCGCCCCCUACCUGCACUGGCCCUCAGCUGCAGAGCCCCCCCAGGGCUUUGAUCUGAGCAAACCUGACCCCUAUGACCUGUAUGCCAAGUCCAGGGCUAUGUAUGAGAGUAGGCAGCCAGGUUUGCCUCGGCCCGGUUAUCCAGCCGACCCCUCGGCAGAGUUCCAGGAGGUGGAGGUGAAUCUGCGCAGAGAGAAGUCCGGGUUCGGGUUCCGGAUUCUGGGCGGAGAGGAGGCGGGACAGCCUGUGAGUCCGGAGGCUCAAGAGAAGAUCCUGAUCGGGGCGAUCAUAGAGAACAGCCCGGCUGAUAAGGACGGUCGAUUGCGUCCGGGAGAUGAGCUGCUGUCAGUGGAUGGAAUCCCUGUGGCAGGGAAACCCCACCGUUACGUCAUCGAUCUGAUGCACGGGGCGGCUCGCAACGGCCAGGUCAAAAUGACCAUACGGAGAAGAGCGCAGAACACAGGUGAUCAGUGUCCUCAGAACGGCCGCAGUCCCGGAUCAAUCUCCACCCAGCACAGCUCACCUAGAAGCGACCUAAAUUCAGGAACCUUCUCCAACAACUCCGCCCCCACUGAGAUGGCAGCCAAUCAGAGCCUACAAGCCAGUGAUGUCAUCAUCCAGCGCAAGGAGAGCGAGGGGUUCGGAUUCGUCAUCAUCAGCUCGCUGAACAGGCCGGAGACGGCGGCAGCUGCCGCUGUUCCUCAUAAGAUCGGCCGGAUAAUCGAGGGCAGUCCGGCGGAUCGCUGUGGGAAGCUGAAGGUGGGAGAUCGGAUUCUGGCGGUGAAUAAUCAGUCUAUCGUCAGCAUGGCGCACGCCGACAUCGUCAAACUGAUAAAGGACGCGGGGCUGAGCGUCACACUGCGCAUCAUCACUCAGGAGGAGGCGAACAGUACGCCCUCUGCUGGUAGCUCUGAGAAGCAGAGUCCUCUGGCCCAGCCCAGUCCCAUGACCCAGUCAAGCCAAGCUCCGCCCACUCAGUCCAACAGCAUCCCCCUGACCACAACUGCACCUCAACCCAACCUUCAUAUACAGCCCAAUCCCAUCUCUCAGAACAGCCCAGCCAAUCACGCCAGCCCUGUGACCCCGCCCACUCAGCCUCUGGCCACACCUGUACAGAUCUACACCCAUGAUGGCAGCUACAGGUCGGAGGUGAAAGCUCGGCAGGACGUGAAGCCGGACAUCAGGCAGCCGCCGUUCACUGAUUACCGUCAGCCCCCAGUGGAUUACCGCCACCCGCCUGUAGCCGACUACAGACACCCCCCACUGCUGGACUACAGACAGCUGCCCACAGACCCCCGCAGCUUUGCCCUGCCAGACUACAGACAGCAACAGGAUUUUGAUUUCUUCACAGUGGAGUUGGACAAGAGUGUUAAGGGCUUUGGAUUCAGUAUCCGUGGAGGACGCGAGUACAAGAUGGACUUGUUCGUUCUCCGACUGGCCGAGGAUGGACCAGCUAUUCGUAAUGGGAGGAUGAGGGUUGGGGAUCAGAUCAUUGAGAUAAAUGGAGAGACUACGCGGGAGAUGACCCAUGCUCGGGCCAUCGAGCUCAUCAAAUCUGGCGGCCGCAGAGUUCGCCUGCUGCUGAAGAGAGGAACAGGGCAGGUCCCUGAGUAUGCAGAUAGCUCCGCCCCCUGGGAUGCUCGGCCUACAGCCUCCCCAAGCCUGUCGGAAGUAGUAGCCCCGCCUCCGGACAGCUUAAACAACCAAUCGCCUUCAUCUCACGCAAAUCCACCAUUAGAUCCACCUCACACUUCGCCCACGGAAACAGCAGCAGUCCCUGAAAGCUGUCUGGAGGGCGUCCGGGGCCACAGCCCGGAGCCCCACAGUGCCCGGAGGCGGUCGGGUCAGGCCGGGGGGCGAAACAAAUCCAGAGAAGGGGGCAGCAGGAGCGGAAAAGGACAUCAGGGGCAUCAGCAGCAGCAGCAGCACUCGGACGCGGAAGUCGCGGGGGCGCCCCGGGAUGCCAAAGCAGCCAAAAGCAGCCGGGCGCGAUCCAAGGAGUGGUCCGGUAGCAGCCUGUCAAGAAAGCGGGACGUGCCCAAGUCCCCCAAACCUCCGCGAGUGGACACCGGCGUUAACGGGAGCAACGGCGGCAGCCUGGAUGGAAAAUCCAGGCUAAAAGAGCCAGAGAGGGGUGCAGGAGAGACCCAGUCCAGCCAGAUCUCCAAAACAACCAACUCCACCACCAGCAUCAGCAGCGGCAGCAGCCUGGCGGGCAGGAAAGCCACAGUGUCUCCUGGACCCUGGAAAAUUCCUGGUUCUGACAAACUCCCCAGCAGCCUGCGAUCGGCCACCUCCACCAUCAGCAGAUAACACCCCCAUCACUUCAGGGCCUGGGCGAUAAAUCGAUAUUGAUAAUUAUUGUGGUACUGCCCCAUUCUGUUCAUACCCACACGCUUUUAAAUAAUGUGCACAAAUACGGAUAAAACGACUGCAGAAGGCUCUGGACGUAUGUGUAAGCUUUCAGAUUCUGAUGAAAUGAAUCAGAGUACAGACAGAAGGCUCUACUGUAGAAAUAAACAUAGAAUACAGACAGACGAUUCAUAAGUAACACAGAAAAAUACAUAUGAAACAAAUGCAGAGUACAGACAGAUAGUUCUAUUCAUUUCUGUAAGCUUUUAGAGACUAUGCACAAAUAAGGAUAAAAUCAAUAUAUAGGCUACAGACGUUAUCCAUAAACAGCUCUGGAAAAAAAUAAGAGACCACUUCAGUUUGUGAGACUGUUUUUUUUUGCUAUUUAUAGGUUUAUGUUUGAGUAAAAUAAACAUUGUUGUUUUAUUCUAUAAACAACAGACAACAUUUCUUCCAAAUUCCAAAUAAAAAUUGUGUCAUUUAGAGCAUUUAUUUGCAGAAAUAUACAAUUAAUAGAAUAAAUUAGAGAAGAAUUAAUAAUGAAUAAUAACAAAAAAGAUGCAGAACUUUCAGACCUCAAUAAUGCAAAAAAAAACAAGUUCAUAUUCAUAACGUUUUAAGAGUUCAGAAAUCAAUAUUUGACGGAAUAACCCUGCUUUUUAAUCACAGUUUUUAUGUAUCUUGGCAUGUUCUCCUCCACCAGUCUUACACACUGCUUUUGGAUAACUUACUGUUACUGCUGGGGCAAAAAUUGAAGCAGUUCAGCUUGGUUUGAUGGCUUGCGAUUAAACUCAUAAUUUUUAUCUGGUCUCUUAUUUUUUACAAAGCUGUACUUCCAGAGAGUGUGCAUGAAUAGAAACGAAAUAAAGGCAAAAAUUGAACAGAAGGCUCCAUUUGCAUCCGUAAACAUUCAGAGAAUGUGCAAAAGUACGGGAAAAAAUAAUUAAAAGUAUGGAAAAUAGGUUCCAAUCAUAUUUCUUAGUAAUUAAUCACUUUGUGAGAAUGUGCACAAAAAUGGAAGAAAUGAACAGUGAGCAAGAAGAAAUGAGCAAAAGAAGUUAAUUGAUGUUUUAAGCCAUUUUGACACAUUCGUCCAUAAACUCUUAAGGGUUCACACUGUGCACACACUAAAAAGAGUGAUUUUACUGUAGCAUUUUGCACUCUGAUUUUACUGUAGCAUUUAGCACUCUGUCACUGACUUAUAUGACAGCUUUCGUUUCAGUGUCUGGAACAGAGAGUUAGAUAGAUAAAAAUGAACAAAAUGAUCUUAGACUGUGGACAGAAGGCAGUGUAUCUGUAUCUGUAAGCUACACAGAUAAUGUGCACACAGACUGAUAAAAUGAAUGGAGAGUAUAUCGUUGCUGUCCAGUGAAAAAUGUCCACUUUUUUCCAAAACAGCAACUUUACAGGAGAGAGAAAAAACCUUGUAAACUUUUAAUGGAAGUCAAUGUAAAAAGAGUUCAUUUCAAGUCAUUUUGAAGAGUUUCUAUUGGUCCGUUCAUCGAGAAAUUUUGGCACAGUGUAAGGCACGAUUUGUCUGUUCAAAUUAUGUAGUAAACUAAAAAUCGACAAAAAUGGAGAUAAGUGUUUUUCAUAGGACUGCGACGAUAUUCAGAAAGCUUUGUAUGUAUUCUAAUUUAAUGUUAAGCAUAUAUUAUAAAUUAACACAACCUUUGCACACUUCCUUCUGAAGCACUGACUUAUGAGAUAUUAAGGAUUUGUUCAAUUUUAGACACAGCCAAAGUUAACCUUGCAAAUUUUGAGUGUUAAAUCUGUGUAUAGAGUUAAAAUGCUCAGAUCCUCCUGACAUUGUCUUUAAAAUUGUAUGAGAAAUGUAGCGAUGAGUUCUCCACAGGGCUUUACAUGAUGAGUUUGAUUUUCUUAAAUGGGAUAAACCCAAAACACCUACAACAUUAGCCCCCUGUCAUUAAACAAAUACAACUUAUAUGGCCACGUAACAUUUAUUAUUGAUUAAUUAAACAAUAGUUAUCAAUAUCGAUUUAUCUGAUCUGACUUUUUUAUCAUUAUCGCCCAGCCCUUACUCGGCUACAGUGGCUAGCACAGCUUCAAGAUCUGGCCUGAUUAACUUCAGGCUGGUUUCUUUCAUUUAGCUUCUUUUUUCUCCUAAACCCUAGGGUUUUCGAUCAGGCCUGGCUGACCAGCGUCCUCCUGCUUUGGCUAGAACCUGUUGUAAGCCUCUAUAAACCUGGUUUAAAAACCUGAAUCUGGAUUUGUUGAACCAGUCGAGGCCUGAAUUCCAUAAUUUUUUUUCACUCCUGCGACAUUCACGAAGGAUUUCUCUGCGCAUUCACGGACUGAAGAGCAUUUUUAAGUUAUAUUUUAUUUCUAAGUUAUUAUUUUGAAGAGACGUGACACCCACCACCUUAAAAAACUGGAAGUAUCCUCUCAGAAAUGGACCUAAAAAGGACCCGCGGCAGGAUGUGUGCUGGUGUACGUAGCUUGGGCUGGCCUGGCCUGGCCUUCUAUGCGUCCGGCAGAGGAGAAGCACCAAAACCAAACUCUUUACAUGCAUUAAAAAUGGACCACUUUGACUGUCGGCCGCUUGCCGGCGGCCGCGCGAGUUUUUUUUACAAUGGAAUAUAUUUUAUGAAAAAAAAAAAAACUAAGAGAGAAGAAGACGUAUGAAGAAUGAUGACGUAUGAUGAAGGAGUUUGCCUGAUAUAUAGCUUUUUAUGUGUAUUUGAAGGGAACGAAUGCGAGCUGCGGUAAAUAAAGAGAUAAAGAGUACUAUAUUAGAGAAUAUUAGAAGACACUCGACGACUGAACUCUGCCUUAAAUAAUGAAAUAAUAAAAGAAGAAGAAGAAGAAGGAAAGCUGUACUGACCUGCAGAUAUCUCUAAUAAAGAUUAAUGUAAUGAAAUAUAGACAUAGGUAUAUAUAUCAUAUGACUAUAGAUAUGAGACACACUUGUGUAAAUACGGUCAUUGUCACGAUAUCCACACAGCCGCGAGAGUUAGAGACCAGAACCCGUUCAGUGUUCCUCCUGGGAUUGGUUGAUUUGAUCAGUGUUUUAAAAAAAAACUGCUGUUAUUCACAGAUAAUGCAAUCAGUUAAGGCUUUGUGAGGGUUCAGGUGCUAAACAGAUGGGUGUAGAGUGGGCAGAGUGCCUUAUCCAGAGAGUUUAAUGAUAUUUUUAAACACAAACUUCACUCUAAGAACAAGAACAGAGGCUGCCAAUGAAGAAUAAGCCCUUAACAAAUGUGGAUUAAGUCUAAAAUUGGGAUAAAUUAUAGUGAUAUGUUAAUAACCAGCCCAGACAUGCAUUAUUUCAUUGCUAUUACUUUCAGCUUGGACAUGCUUUAUGAAUGUUGGCCAAAAAAUCUUGAUUUAUGCAAUUAAAAAGCAAAUGCACAUUUGUCCAUAUUUUUAUGAACACUCUUUAAGUUGCACCAGUUGCUAACACAGAUGUGCAAAAAAUAAACCCACAAUACUUCUCUAGUCCCUGUUGAGGACUAGGUUUCUGAGGAAGCAGAUAAACAUGAUCCUAUUAACACUAUGCUAAAGCUAAUGCCAGGUGUGGGUCAUAUAAAGCCCCCCACAAAAUUGACCACAAAAAUUGGACUAGUCUGUAAAAAAGUAGAACUACUUAACUAAGUAAAGAAACAGUGACUUUAUGAAAUAAAGUUCAGGCAAUCUGAAAAAAUUGAGAACCUUAAAAGUAUCCUCAAGUGCGGUCGCCAUCAAAAGACCAUCAAAAACGUUAUGAUGAAACUGGCUCUCAUCAGGAGCUCCAUACAAUACUUAAUACAAUCUAAUCCUCACAGCAAGUCUUAUCAGACAGAAUACACUUAAACCCUUGAAACAAAUAAUGACCCUUCAAAAGAAACAAAUAAUGAAAUCUGGCAUCCCAAUACUAACUACUUAGACCUAUCUACCCCUACUUACCAUGUGCUGCUCCAGAGCAGAGGAAAGCAACAAAUUAGAUCAAAAACACACAACAAGGCUGCAUAUGAAAUAAUCUUAAAAGUGUGACACUGUCACAAGAGUUUACGUCCAUACCAUAAGUAGAAUUUGUUUUUAUAAUUAUGUGCAUUUCUUAUAAUUCUGAGUAAUAUUUGUCUAACAUUCUGUAAAGCUAGUCCCAGCAACAAUACAGGAAACCUGGGCUUGGCCAUACAUUGGUCAAUAACCCCCCAGCACUAUAUUGUUAAAAAAAUACAGUACCAGGUAAACGUUUGGACACACCAUGAAUUCAGUGUUUUUGAUUAUUGUAGUUUAACACUAAAGAGUCAGCCAAACUAUGAAUUAAAACAUGAAAUUAUUUAAUAAACAAUCCAGAAUAUGUUUAAUUUGUAAGAUUCUUCAAAGUAGCGCCCCUUGCUUAGUUCACAGCUUUGCACAUGGUUGGACAGCUUGACAUUUUCCCAGUCAGCUGGAAUGGCUUUCAGUUAACAGCUGUGCCAUGUUUGCCCUAUUUAUGUGGUUGAGAUCAUCAGUAUUGUUGUGAAGAAGUAGAGUUGCAGUGAGUGUGCAUUGAGUAAUCCUAUUUGAGUAAUGAGAGUAGUAAAGAACCAGUGACUUUAUGAAAUGAAGGUCAGUCAGUCUGAACAGUUUCAGGAACUUUGAAAGUAUCCUCAAAUGCAAUUGCAAAGAGCAUUAAAAACAUUAUAAUGAAACUGGCUCUCAUCAGGAUCGCCCCAAAAAAGAAAGACCAAGUGUUACCUCAGCUACACAGGAUAAGUUCAUCAGAUUUACCAGCCGCAGAAACAGCCUGUAUUUUGGUUUAACACUUUUAAGUUUAAUACAUGAAACACUUCAGUAUUUAUUUACAAUGUUGAAAAAAGUAAAACAUUAAAUGAAAAGGUGUGUCCAAACUUUUGACUAGUACUGUCUGUUAAAAAAAGGCUUCAGAGCUUUUUAUUGAAACUACGUUUCAUUUUGAAGUGAAAGGUGAAAAUAUGUGUUUUUGAAGCGGUUGAAAACAUGUCUUUAAAUAUAUAGAUAAACAUCAUUCAUCUACUUCCAAAAGACAUUUUUCACCUUUUUUCCACUUUAACCAAAAUGAUACGUAGUUUAAGAGAAAUGGAUUCUUCAUUGCAGGUAAUGCUUAAUCCGGGUCUGUAAAUCUGACCAUAUGUUCAGUAAAUGUCAUUUGAUCCAGUCUAAUGCAGUUAUAUACAGGCAACAUAUGCUGUAGCUCAGUACACUCAGUUCCACGUGAAUUUAUCUCAUUCAUACAAGUACAUUAUUUUUAAACGAAUGAAAUAUAUUAUGUAACCAUGAUCAUUGCCAAAACUACUGUAAUAAACUGAUGUAUAUUUUGUUCUAUUGGAAAUAAUCUACGUAUUUCAGUCUAAUCGAUUCAUGGUAAACAAAUCAUUUUCAGUGUAUUCCUGUUGAUAUAUGUGGGACUAAGCCCCAUGUUUUAUAUUCUUGUUACUGGAUGCUGAUUGGUCUUGAGCCUCGGAAUGGAUGUGACUUGUGUAAUUUCCAGAUUUAGAUAGAUAUAGAUAUCAUUAUAUAAUUUGAAAAGGCUAUUUUCAUACACAGAAACAGAAACACUUAAAGUGGAAAAUUCUUCUAAGAGAAAUGUAUAUACAGUAUAUAUUUAUCAGAGAUUUCUAUAGCUGGAGGCAGAAGUCUUUGGGGGGUUCAGCACUUUGUCUAUUAGUAGACACUGAAAGCGUAAAUAUAUGUAUUUACUCUCAUUGACAAAAAAAAUAAUGCACCAGGAUGGAAAAUCUGUACAACUGAAAGGUUUAGGACAAUGUGCCACAGUAGUAAUACACUAGCAUAAUAAUACUAUUACACCAUUUUACAGUGAAACUAAAUUUUUAUUAUUAAGAAUAGACAUCGGGCAUCAUUUUUUUUUUUUGUUUUGUUUUUUUUUCAAAAAUUUUUUACAUUUUUCAAAGUACUCCCACACCGGAGCCGUGGAAUUUUAAAACAAAGUCCAUCCUGGACUGGACUACUCUAAACCUUCUAAACGUUCUCUAAAGCUGAUUCAUUUUAAGUAAGAGAGAGCAAGAGAGCAGCUGCGGUUUGUUCGUAUGUAAACAAACCAAUGUGGAAACCCAAUGGCUAUUAUCGACGUGGGCAAAAAUUAUUGCGGUUAAAAAUUAUUGUACAAUAAGUAGAUAACAUAAUUAUCGCACCAGGCCUAGCAGUGGGGGAAGCAUAUUUAUGCCCUAUUUUGAGAAGACCCAGUGUCUAAUCAGACUGCACCUGUAAUGAUUUACAUAUAUGUUUGAGACAGAACUUCAUGUCGAGUUUUGCAGCAAUCCAGGAUGUGUAAUUUUCUUUUUUGUCAAUGAGAGUAUAUAAUACACAUAGUAUAUAUGCAGUACUGGAACAUAGUAUAAGUCAAGGAUGCUCGACUCUAUUUCUGUGAAAGAACUUCAUCUAUAAUGUUCAUCUUUAACUGUAUUAUACCAUUUGUUGAUUGAUUGAGUAAAUUCUUCAGUUUUACAUGUGUGUUGUACUCUAUAAGCAGCAGGUAGGUGCAAUGUCAGCUUUACUCCAUACUGUGCCAAAAUAACACCAAAUAUGGACGGCCCGUGAGCAGUCGCGGUUAUGAAACCAAUGUAGCAGAUUGUGUCACAUUAAAGACAUGUUUUAUGCAUUCGAGUAUUGGCGAAGACUGAAAUUACAGUUCUACUGCAUAUUCUAAUGGUUCAAUCUUUACACUAAAAAUGUCUAGACAACAUUUUCAGUUAAUGAAUUAAUGAAUUCAUGAAUGCAUACAUACAGUACAGAAAUUUGAAAAAAAGCUUACAAUGUUUGACAGUGCUAAGCAUGGGCUCAUGAAUAAUUUGACAACACCUCAGCAACCACAUGAGACACCAUAGCAAAUACCUAGCAACAACAUACCAACCACCUUUCAACACAAUAGAGCCCAUCAAGCAACACCAUACUAACCAUCUGGGAGACCAUAUGAACGCAUGGUAAGACAUAGGAUACCAUGGCAGCAUUAUUGCAUCUGCAUGAUAUCUUAGUAACCACCUCUGUUACUAUAGCAACCACCUAACAACACCAUAUUAACCAUAAGGAAAACAGAAUAUGGGAUACCAUGGGAACCUCGUCGAGUACCACAGUUAUAUCUUAGCAACCACCCCUGAUACUGUACAAUAGCCAGCAUCUAACAACACCAUAGAAACCAUCAGGAAUACUAUAGCAGCAUAAUUGCAACCACCUGACAGCCAAUUACAACAACAUAACGACCACCCAGAAACACCAUAUUAACUACCUGGUAGACCGAAGCAACCACCUAACAAAAACAGUGUCAAACUAGUAUCAAACUAGUCACAGUAUCAAACUGGUAACCCCGGUAACCGCGUUUAGUACCACAGUUGUCUCUUAGCAACCACCUCUGAUACUGUACAAUAGCCACCAUCUAACAACACCAUAGAAACCAUCAGGAAUACUAUAGCAGCAUAAUUGCAACCACCUGACAGACAAUAACAGCAACAUAAGGACCACCCAGAAAGACCAUAUUAACUAACUGGUAGACCACAGCAACCACCUAACAAAAACAGUAUCAAACUGGGGACCAUUAGCAACUGCAUGAGAGUGAGAACCACUUUGGCUGUGUUUUCUUUUUAAAAAAAUGUAAAUUUUUGUUCUUAUUCCCUAGUCUUUGUUCAAUGAAUGUGUGGUUUACAAGGUCACAUAUUUUCCAUUAUAUAGAGCAGUAAUGAGUUUAUCACUGCCACAGUAACACUUACUGAUAUACUGUCAUAGUAAAGACUGUAAGUAUCAGAAACGCCAUGGAUGUAUCCCAGUUGUAUACUAAUACAUAUUACUAACUAGUGGAAGAGAUGCACAGAAAUUAUGAAUUUGUGCUGAAUCCAAAAAAAUGAAAUACUUGGCGAAGACUGAAUACCCACUCAAUUUUUUCAUAGGUUCUUAUUCAUUUUGCCACAUUUGACAUCAUUAAAUAAAAUUAAAUAGCCUAA